AUGAAACCAGUCAAGAAAAAAGGUGCAGGAAACCCACAGCCCAAGCUGAGAAAAAGUUUCCCUGAAGUUGACCAGGAUGCUUUAGAUGAUGCCCUUGACAGCCACAUCAGGCAGAUUGGUGUGCAAGAAGCAUUGAACCUGCUGGACUACGGGCAUCUCCAGCCACAGCAGGCUGAGAUCCCCAGAGCCAUGUUCAAAUUGCACCCUCUCCUCAAAGCAUUGGUGCAAGUCAGCCCCAGUGCAGAAAUCAGGUACAGGAAUCUGAAACACAGUCUGACUGUGGCUGUCCACAAGUUUGGGGCUGAACUCUUGAACAAGUACUGGGAGGUGGAAGCAGCUUUGCUACCUGGGAGGGCUGCUGACAGCAUACUUGUCCUCCUUAAACACUGGAGGAGGGUGACAGCCAGUCCAGCAGGUUGGGAAAGGUUUGGCACCAAACUUGACACAGCACAGUUCCAAGUGCUCACUGGUCUAUACAAAAAAACUGGUAAAAAGGUUGGUGGGUCACCAGGCAAGAGGAAGCUGAAGAAAGAGGUGUCAGAUGUUACAAUGGCAUCUGAUGGCUUCCCUGCAAUGUUGGCCACUUCUUCUGCAUCAGAGGCAGAGGAUGGUUCUGAUGGUGAAGCUUCUGAAGCUUCUGAAGCUUCUGAAGCUUCUGCUGCACCCAGCAACUCUUUGCUUGGGUCUCCACCUCCUGUGACCAAAGCUAUGUGGAGGGAAAAGGCUGGCAAGCCUGUGAGGAAAAGGCCUGAGACCCUGAGCAUAGGUGGUGGCAAGAACCAGUCCUACAUACAACACAUGCCUUUUGGCCCAAACACUGUCAAGAAGCUUGUGGUCAGUGUGUCUUUGGCCCAAGCUGCCAAGCUCAAGGUUUCCCAUAAGCAGCUGGUGGAGGAGCUCUUGCCUGCUUGCAAGCAGGUGGCUAUGGGUAUGGUACCAGCCAAGCAGCUGCAUCCCAGCCUCCAAGCCCCAAAGGACCACCCAGGGAUCAGAGGAGUGGCCUUGGGAAAGGGCAAGCAAAAGGCCUUGGGAAAGGGCAUGCAAAAGGCCUUGAAAAAGGGCAAACAAAAGGCAGACCUGAGCCUGGAAGAAAAGAUGGAAACCUUCCAAAAGAAAGCCAAUGGAAAUGUUCAGACUUUCCUUGACAGCCUCACCCCUGGCCAGAGAGAAGCCCUUUGGGGUCGCUUUAGCAGGGCAAGGGAUGCCUUGAAGGAUCCCAAAGCCACAGAGCUGUGGCAGCAGGGAAACAGAGGAAUGGGUGCCAUUCCAAGCCAUACUGACAAGGUUUGGAUUACAGGAAGCCAUGAGGACCAACAAGAGUGGCAGUUCUGCCUGGAGACAGCAAUUGUCUACAGUGACAAGCAGUCCAAGCAUGAGAUGAACUUGGAGGCUGCCACCAAACUGGAAGCCAUCCAAUGGAUGGAAGCCAGAAAGGCUGGCACCAUGUUGAGCCCUGAGGAAGGGCUGGCAGCAAAUGCCUUGAAUGAUGUCCUCCCCACCAGUGCCAAAAAAAAGGCUAAAGAGCUUGCAGCUAUCAAAGACAAAGAGUCAGAUGAAGAAGGUGAUGCAGAAGAUGAGGAAGAAGAUAGCAAACAAAAGCUCAAUGCAGCUGCAAAGGAAGCUGACCUCCUGUCAGACAUGGGGGGGAGCAAAAGCAAAGAGCUCACAGCCAAGAGAAUCUUGAAGAUGCUCAAGCUGGUCAAGCAAAUCAAUGCUGGCCUUGCAAAGGGCAGCUCAGGGAGCAAGGCAGCAAAGCACCAGAAGGAACUGCAGAGUUGCCAAGUUGAGUUGCAAAAACUUAGCAAGCAGGGGCAGAAGGUCAAGCUGGAAGUUGCCAAGGACACUCUCUGUGAAGCAGCACUGGCUGUAAAGAGAGCAGAAAAGGCUGUGGAAAAGAAAUGA